CUUAUAAAAGUUCCUCGUUCGCUCUUGGCGCAAACCCUUCUUCGGGCUCCCGGUCAUGGCGUGCGGGCUGCAGCCUUCCGCUGCCGCCGCCAUCCUCCCGUAUUCUCGCCGGAGCGCUACCGCCGCCGCCGCAAAGGGACGGCCUCAUCGAUUUAAUUCUAUGAAUCAGCUUCACCGGAGGCUACCUUUAUUUGAGUCCCGCAGGUUCAGGAACCUUGUUAGCUCCAGAUGUUCAGGUUCUUCUGCAGAAGCAUCUAUCUCAAGCAGACCUGCAGAUGUUUCAAGUGCUCACAACGAUUUGACCACGAGGCAUUGUAUCGAUGCUGUUCCAGGGCAGCAUAUAUGCUCAUAUGCAUAUCACCGGAUUACAUCAAUUACCAAGAGGAGAAGGUGCUGGAGAGCCAAGUAAACCAUGGACGAGCUUGCCGGAGCUCGAAGAAGGAGGAUUCUUGAGGCAACAAUUUGAGAACGGGUGAAGCUCGCAGCAAGGUAUGGAUAUCACAUUCCUGGCCUGCACAGCCGACGCCGACAUGGCUACAAGCAGGCAAACCUGCACAGCCAGGAGGACGAGGAAGACUUGGACGCUGUGGGCCGCCAUCGUCUCGAGAACUUCUCGGCCCGUAGAUCGGUCUGCAGAGAUGUGUUUUGCUUACUUGUUUGAUUUGGUCAUCCGGCUCUGAAGAGCAGCCACCUGUUAUAUACGGAGUACAAGCUAGGCAUUCUUUGGAACCGAGUUAAUUCCCUUUUUUUAAGGGGGGAUUCAAGAUAGCAAACGUUUAACUCUCUUUGAUUGAUUUAGUUGUUAUCGAGAGGCAUUUUUUGGAACCGAGUUAAUUCGUGCACUCACUCAAACAUGCAUAGUGAGCUAUCUCACAAAACAGAAGGAACGUCCAUUUGUACAUAUGGCGAAUAUCCUCACUGCAGACACCACAAACAGGGCACAAGCCACUGAACUUGACAUGGCGAUCAGCCAAAACAGUCUGACAGGGAAAAGCCCCAUGCAACGCUUUCCAGAUGAAGAUUUUGACUUUCGCAGGGGGCAUGACGCUUCCAGAUUAAGUCCCAAACGGCAUGUUUUGGGCCCUGAUCGCCCAAGUUGGAAAUUUUUUGCGCCGACUCCCAUUCAACAUGAUACCCUGACCUGACAGUGAAGCUUCCGGAUUUGGUGUGGUUCCACGCCACAAAAUCUUCCAUAUGAUACCUCGGAAGUGGAAUGAAGAAGCUGAUUGUUUUUUGGUAACAGAUAACUCUCUAUUUAGCAUAUUUGAGAAAACAUCACUUCACCAACUGACCAACUCCUUUCUUCGGCUACUACAGAUCUAUUGUCGAAAUAAUCUUUGUGUCAAAUGGUACACACUAACAAUUACUCCUAUUUGUUAGUAGGAAUUUUUUUUCCCGAAGAACUAAUCAGCCAAAUGUGUUGAGCAUGUAUAUGCAUCAUUCAAUUGUCCCGGAAGCAACACUUGCCCUGUUGCUCCUGUAAAACUAGACUUUCACAAUUGUUUUGAGAUCAAAACGGUCAAUUAUUUCCUUGAAUAUGUCCAAGUAAUGCAUCCAUUUGUAAAAGAAAUCCGUUGGAGAUAUAUAUUGCAACAACAAAUUAAUGAACCGCUCCAUAUCUUGGCUGCCCAAAUCGAUCAUUUAAAGGAUUCACAUCCGUGGCUGAUGUUUUUGGCUAUGAUAUAAAUGAUGUAUAUCUGAUAUACAGCCAUAGGAGUCUUAUUUAAGACAUGACUUCUAGGCCAAGAAUCAUUGCCUUUGUCAAGCCAAAAACAUCAGCAGUCAGCAAUGACUAGUCUAUACCCUUGUAUGACGUUUUUCUUCUUCUUUGCCAUGCUGAAUCCGGUCAGUCUCGGAGCCGCCAGUGUCGAUGCGGCACCGGCGACGAGCGCCGGAUUCAGCCUGGCUCUCGUGCCUAACCACCACCACACAGCGGACGACCUCGAGGAGCUUGGUGCGAACCUCACGGCCUUACGCCCUAGGCUGACCCACAUGGUGGGGCCCACUUACAGCGUCCGUGUCGGCGUCGGCUCCGGCGACACCCAGCACUUCUACAGGCUGGCCGUGGACAUGGUCGGCAACCUGACAUGGAUGCAGUGCCUCCCCAGCAACCCGAAGCUCAAGCAGGACGCCCCCAUCUUCGACCCGAAAACCUCCCAUCGCUACAAGAACGUCGGCCAUGACGACCCACUCUGCAAGGCCCCGUUCACGCCCCGGCCGACCGAGCACCGUUGCGGCUUCAACAUCCGGUUCCGGGCGGAGGCGAUGGCCACCGGCUACCUCGGCAAAGACGAGUUCGCCUUUGGUGCCGGCUCCGGCAGCCGGACCACCAACGUGGACGGCCUCGUCUUCGGCUGCGCUCACCGCAUAAACGGGUGGAAUAACAAGGACGUCCUCGCCGGCAUCCCCAGCCUGAACAGGCGCCCGACCUCCUUCGUUCGGCAGCUCUCCACACACGGUGGCGGCGGCGCUAUCCAAACAAGCAGUGUGGACGGCCUCGUCUUCGGCUGCGCGCACGCCAUAAACGGGUGGAAGAACCAGGAUGUCCUCGCCGGCAUCCUCAGCCUCAACAGGCGACCGACCUCCUUCGUCCGGCAGCUCUCCGUGCACGGCGGCGGCACCACCCCCCGCUUCUCCUACUGCCUCGUGGACCACAAGAAGUACCCAAACAAGCACGGCUUCCUCCGGUUCGGCGCCGACGUACCGGACCACUCGCACGCCCAGAGCACGGCGCUCCUGUACGGGGAGCCUGACGGCGGGUUCGGCAUGUACUACGUCCGCCUCGUCGGAGUCAGCGUCGCCGGGAGGAAGCUCACGGGGAUCACGCCCAAGAUGUUCCAGCGCGACCGGCGGAGCCGCCUCGGUGGGUGCUACGUCGACGUCGGGAACCCGACCACUAGGUUCGCGGAGGCGCCAUACGACAUCCUAGAGGCCGGCGUCGCGGCACACAUGGCGAGCCACGGGCUCCACCGCACGCCUGUGCCAGGCCACCGCCUCUGCGUCCGCGGGACAUCGCCGGAGGUCAUGCCGAAGCUCCCGAGCAUUACGCUCCACUUCGCCGAAGACGAGGCUGCCGGGCUGGAGAUCAAGUCGAGGCUGCUGUUCGCGACGGUGAAGCACGCCGGCGCCGACUACGUGUGCUUCAUCGUCCAGCGGGCCCCUGUGACGACGGUGAUCGGUGGCCACCAGCAGGUGGACACACGGUUCACCUUUGACCUCGAGGAGAACCGCCUCUUCUUUGCUCCCGAGGAUUGCCAUGGAGACGCAAGCUAGCUUGAUCAGCAGCCCCUGGCUAUAUACAGCCCAUGUUUGACCGGGUCUAUGUGGUUGACAUGAAAAUUAAGGAAUAAUAACAAGCCCAUUAAAAUCCUCGGCCCAUAUUUGUUACGAGUUUUUUUUUU